AUGACUCUGAGACUCCUUAGAAAGGAGGAAUUCCUGAAGCUUAAUCCAGGCUGCCUUAACUUUGUAGCAUUCAUUUGGAAGUUGACAAGUGUUAUCAACACAAUGCUGGUGACAUGUGCUGUUUGCUGCUACCUGUUUUGGCUGAUUGCAAUUCUGGCUCAACUCAACCCUCUCUUUGGGCCACAGUUAAGCAAUGAAACAAUCUGGUAUCUCCAAUAUGACUGGCCUUAA